AUGGCGAUGACACAGCAACCAAACCUGGCUAGAUCGCGGUACAACGCCGCCUUCACCUCGUCGAUCUUCGAGCCGCCUCCAGCACCGGAUGCGGCCUCCUUCGUGCCAGCAGGAAAACGUCGUGACCAGACGACGGGAGAGCUGUUUGGCAACUACGACGAGAAGGACCUGCGCGCCAUGCCGAAGACUUUUGUUCCCAAGGAGGACAACAGGUCGGCCCGAGCUCGCAAGCAGCAGUUCCUUUGUUCCCAGGUGCUGCCUGCUAGCAACUACCCGGCUCCCGCACCACAGGCACGAGAGCGGAAGCCCAAUGCAGGCUACGUCGAGGACGAAGACGAUGAGUCUCGAGUAGACACAGCGAUGGUGCGGCAGAUGCAGUUGUCGUCGAACAUGUUCGGCCGGUCUGCUCCAGAGGUGAGCGCCGAGACCGUCCACGACCGUGGCAACCGGCUGAUGCCAAACGACUUCGUGUGGCACAGUCACCCAGAGAAGCCGCUGUCACCAACGUACAAAGAUGGGAAGACGCACGCCGACCGCGCCUACGAGCAGAAGUGCUCUCAGGUCUUCGAGUACCAAUCCCCUGAGGUGCGGAAGAUGCAUGCGGACCAAAAGCGCCAGGAGCGCCGGGAGGCGCCUGCGACAAGAGAGAUAGGAGAUCCACGCAGCCGCCACGAGUAG